AUGUCUUUAACACAAUCCGCGUCAACGUCAAUGUUGACCGUGCUUGGCGACAAGUUGGAUGGCGGAGCUCGGCGGGGUUGGGGAGAUCAGAUCGAUGGGCGGGAUCUGUAUACACAGUUCAUAAUAAGUUUUGCUCUCGGGCUUGGUGCUUUCUUGUCUUUUUGUGUUCUGCGACCAAAAUGGGCAGAACUAUAUGCUGCGCGGAGACAACAAAGGUCUUCUGCAUCGCGACUCCCAGAACUACCGGAUAGCUUCUUUGGGUGGAUACCUGUUCUGUAUCGUAUUACAGAUGAAGAGGUUCUACAAUCAGCUGGCUUAGAUGCCUACGUGUUCCUGUCAUUCUUCAAGUAUUCGAUUCGACUAUUACUCUGGGUCUUUGCCUUCGCAGUUGGAAUUAUUCUUCCGGUUCACUACAGAUAUACCGGCAGAUAUGGAGUUCCGGGCUGGGACGACGACACUACACCUGGGGAAAAUAAAACCAUGCGCGCAAUCAAAUUACUAGGAAGGAAAGAUACAGAUCCCGUCACGGACCCUCCUUACCUGUGGAUCUAUGUCGUCUUCCCCUAUAUCUUCAGUGGCCUGGCUAUUUACUUGCUACUCCAAGAAACAAAUCGCAUCAUUCACACCCGACAAACCUAUCUGGGUAAUCAGACAAGCACGACUGAUCGCACUGUACGCCUCUCGGGAAUUCCGUCAGAGUUGAAAACAGAAGACGAGAUAAAAGAUUUCGUGGAAGGUUUGCGUGUUGGAAAAGUCGAGACUGUGACUCUGUGUCGUAAAUGGUUUGAGUUGGACGCCUUGGUCGAUGAACGAAUGCAAGUCAUUCGUUCGCUGGAGCGGGCAUGGACAAAACAUAUUGGAUAUAAGCGCCCACGGAGCGAUGACAAUACCCUGCCACUAACCCGCCAACCUCCUCACUCAUCAAGUCGAUCAAUAGAUUCCGACGAUGAAAACGCACAAUUACUUUCAGGAGGUGAACGUGCCCAUGUAUCUGGAUAUUCUAACCCCCGACCGAAGACCCGUAUAUGGUAUGGUCCAUUCAAGCUACGAUUCCGCUCCAUUGAUGCCAUCGAUUAUUACGAGGAAAAACUGCGCAAGAUUGAUGAGCACAUUAUCGCUGCUCGAGAAAAAGAAUACCCUCCUACGGAGAUUGCCUUCGUAACGAUGGAAUCGAUUGCUGCCUCCCAGAUGCUUGUUCAGGCGACUUUGGACCCGCAUCCCAUGCAAAUGUUUGCUCGACUUGCUCCAGCACCUGCUGAUGUGGUUUGGAAAAACACAUACGUCUCGCGCAGCCGUAGAAUGAUGCAGUCAUGGUUCAUCACUGUUAUUAUUGGGUUUUUGACCAUUUUUUGGUCUGUUCUUCUGGUGCCGAUUGCCUCUCUUCUAGAACUGGAGACAUUGCACAAGAUUUUUCCUCCGCUAGCCGAUGCUCUUGCCGAACACCCCCUUGUGCAGUCCUUGGUUCAGACAGGUCUACCGACUCUCGCGUUCUCGCUUUUGACUGUGGCUGUGCCAUAUGUAUACGAAUGGCUUUCAAGCAAACAAGGGAUGAUGUCCCGUGGAGACGUCGAGCUUUCUAUCAUCUCUAAGAACUUCUUCUUCACGUUCUUCAAUCUGUUCUUGAUCUUCACUGUCUUUGGAACAGCAAGUGGGUUCUAUGGACUAUGGGAUAACCUGCGUGAUGCAUUCAAGGAUGCCAAGACGGUUGCCCUAGCAUUGGCCACUUCUUUGGAAGGUCUCGCUCCUUUCUACAUCAAUCUAUUAGUCCUGCAAGGCUUGGGUCUUUUCCCUUUUCGACUACUCGAAUUCGGCAGUGUUGCCCUUUACCCUUUGAGAUUUCUUGGGGCACGAACACCCCGCGAAUUUGCGGAGUUGUCUACGCCUCCUAAGUUCAGCUACGGGUUUUCGAUCCCACAAACCAUUCUCAUCUUGAUCAUCUGUAUUGUUUACAGUGUCUUCCCCAGCUCAUGGCUCAUUUGCUUUUUCGGCCUGGUCUACUUCACUAUUGGCAAGCUCAUUUACAAGUACCAGCUACUUUACGCCAUGGAUCACCAGCAGCAUUCUACCGGUCGAGCUUGGCCCAUGAUUUGUAACCGAGUGUAUGUCGGCUUGGUUCUAUUCCAGCUUGCCAUGAUCGGUGUUCUGGCCCUUCGUCGAAGUAUCACUCGUCCUUUACUUCUGGUGCCCCUUCUUGGCUUUACCGUUUGGUUCAGCUACUGGUUCGCUCGCACAUACGAACCAUUAAUGAAGUUCAUCGCUUUAAAGAGCAUUAAUCGAGACCAACCAGGCGGAGACAAUACCCUGUCCCCAUCCCCCGCAUCCACCACAUUUUCGCCACCAUCCGGUCUAGACCGCGAUGCACUGCCUAUUCGCAUCGGCGGGCGAGAACUUGAGCUGCGGCUAAGGAAGUACGUCAACCCAAGCCUUCUUGUGCCCCUUCAUGAUGCCUGGCUCCCAGGUCGCAAUUCUGCUCACGGAAAUGGUGCGACUUUGCACGAAACCAACAACAAUACCUCGAACCAUCUCUCUGUUUGA